AUGGCGAUUGACCUUCCUACAUAUGAUGCAGUAACUGCUCUGAAAACUAUAUUGUCCUCUGAGGAGUCUCUUCAGUCCAUUGAUGAUCUCAUCCUUGCAACGAGAGCUGCCAAGCUUCAGAUUGAGGACGAGAUAACAGUGGGGUCAACGACUUCGCAACCUGAACUUGAAGAUCCAAAGGAACGCGAAAGCUUUGGAAGCUUAUUUGAAGAGAUUAGCGAAGUUGCGGUUCUUUCGAAAGGUACGGAGAGAACAAUUUCGCAACUAACCAAAGACAUUUCGUAUUUAGACAAUGCCAAGCGCAACUUGACACAGUCCACAAACUUGUUCCAGAACUUAAAGCUUCUGAGCGACUCUUAUUUCCAGUGCCAGCACUUCUUGAGUCUGAGGGACUUCAAAGCAAUGCGGGCGCCAUUUGCUGUAAUGAGUGGUCUAGUGAGCUCUUUCCACCAGUACAAAUCGGUCGACGAGAUCGGGAAGCUGGUUGCGAGGAUUUCGCGACUUCAAGCAGAGACUCACGCUCAAAUCAAAAAGGCUUUUGAAGGAUUACUUGACCAAAAAUCUUCUCAGGGAGACAUUUCCGAUGAAACAGUGCUAAGAGAAGGGGCUUGUGAGCUUCUAGAAAGCAGCCCCGGGGCAAAGUCAGAACUUAUUGACUGGUGCGUUCGAAAGAUGCUAUAUGAUAUUAGAGAGAUAUUUCAAUUGGACGAUGAGGCAGGCUCCCUGGAAAACCUGCCGCGGCGCUAUGCAUAUUUCAAGAAAGUUCUGAACAAUUUCAAUGCUGAAUUCUCUCGGUUCUUCCCCAAAUCGUGGAACUUAUCCUUGGAGUUGACAAAGGGCUUUUACGAUACAACUGCCUCGGACCUCAAAGUCCUCCUUGAAAGAGAACUUCGCGACCAUCCAUCAAUUGAUUUGUUCAUGAGUUCCUUGCAAACGACCUUAGAAUUUGAGAAAUAUAUCGACGUGAAGUUCUCCAAUCGCCUUCAUAACGAAAAAGGCACUGAGAAAAUAUCGCGCUGCUUCGAGCCUUACCUCACCCUGUGGAUUUCUCAUCAAGAAGCACUUAUGAACUCUAAGAUUCUUGGCUAUAUGGCAGAAGACAAGCUUUCGCAGUCCUCUGAAUCAUUAGUUUUGCCUUCAAGUGCUGAUCUAUUUAGGACGUACCGAUUCCUAUUAACACAAACUCUAGAGUUGGUAGAUUCUGGGAGUGGAAGAGAUACAAUACUUUUUGAGCUCGCAAAAUUCUUCAAUACUUGGUUAAAAACGUACUACGGCAAAGUUCUUCAGCCACUGCUCCUCCCGCCUGGAUCCAAGAUCGAAAACAAAGAGGAGGCCACAAUAUACACUUUACUUGUCCUUAAUACUGCCGACUACUGCUCUACUACUACUCGGCAGCUUGUUGAGAAGCUUUCAGAGUAUCUAACAGUGGAAAAUGAUAUUUCUCAGCUCUUUGAUAAAGUUCUAUCUCACUAUGGUGCUCUCAUCUCUAGCGGGAUGGAGAUAAUACUGAAUUCUAUUGUUGCUCCGGACCUUAAUUUCAUUUGGAGGGAAUUCGACAACACUGACUGGAAGUCUGUCGAAGUUGAGGAUUAUAGCAGGUAUAUGGUCACUAUGAAAGAUAUCUUACGUGAUGAUCAGUCAACUAUCCGUAAGAUAGUGGGACGUUUCAACAGGGAGGUCUACAGUUGGAACUUUAUGGACAAGCUCAUAGAACUAUUGUUUUCGGGAUUCCUCAAUUGUAUCCUGAGGCUCUUGGAACCCAUUCCGCCAUUUGCAACGCUCAAUAAGCCUCGUAAGUUGCAGCUAGCACAGGUUAUUAAUGUCGGGGAACAGCUCCAACUAGAUGCAGAGCACAUGCGCCAGACAUUGAAUUUCUGGACUGACGACAUGGCGUCUUUAAUCAAUGGUAGCAAUGCUUCAUAUAAACGUCUCAAAAAACACAUCGAUCAAAAAUGUGAAAAUUUGGUCAAAUUCUUAAAACUGCUAGUCGUCCCAAUCGAUCCGCCUGAGACAUACCAAGAAAAUUACGCAGCAAUCACAGGUAACAACAAAAAUAUUCUUUCCUGGUGCUAUAUUUUAACGCUAAAGGGAUUCCCUUGGGAUCUUGCGGAAUGGAAAAAGCUUUUUGCAGCAUUUCAAAAUGCAAGCGGUGAUUUUAAUGCAAGCCCAUUGCCGGUUUUUGAGGGCUGUCAGCGCGCCUUGCUACAGUUCGAGCAAAACAUGUCGUCCGCAACUGACCCAACUUGGCGUAGAUUUAUUCACCAGGAAUUAGGUAUGGAUACACCUAAUUCGGUACAAUCUUCUUCAGCUUCCUCUGCAAGCCCCAGCUCCCCAACUCAAAGGCUAAACGCUGGUAAGUUCAAUGGAAAUAUUAAAAAUCUCAUGUCUAAUACUGGAUUUUUUGGCAGAGGUAAUUGA